CCAACAUGGCCAACCUUUGGUUUCAUUUUUUCUUCUCGAUGUUCACAAUACUUUGCUAUCUCAUCAUCUCCCCAACUUUAUGUCAAACCAAUUUCACCAAAAACGAUGAAUUAGCACUUCUUGCUUUCAAAAAUUCUGUGGGAGACCCAUUCAAUCACUUGGCUAAUUGGUCCAACUCUUCUUUCAUUUGCAAUUGGGUUGGGGUUACUUGUGAUGCUAACGGCGAGAGAGUAAGUGUAUUGAAUCUUGCUGACACGAGUCUCAAGGGUACCUUACCUUCACAAGUGGGGAAUUUGUCCUCCCUUGUUGAACUUGACCUUCAUAGUAACAACUUUCAUGGUGAGUUACCAAAGGAGUUGCUGCAGUUACAUAAGUUGAAAAUUCUCAAUUUGAGCUCUAAUGAAUUUCAUGGGAAAAUUCCAGCUUGGAUUGGAAGUCUAUUUUCUCUUCAGCAAAUAAUUUUUCGUAAUAAUAGUUUUAAAGGUGUUAUUCCUCCAAGUGUAUCAAAUUUGUCAAAGUUAGAGAUGUUGGAUUGGAAUGAUAAUUUCAUCCAUGGAUCUAUUCCACUUGCUAUUGGAAGGCUUCAGCACUUGAAGAUUUUACGCAUAGCAGGGAACAAUCUUUCAGGAAAAAUACCUCCAACUAUUUCUGGCUUAUCCUCACUUGAGCUUAUGUCUUUGUCAUACAACUCUUUAAUAGGAGAUAUUCCCAAUGAAAUUGCCAAUCUUACAAAUCUUAGAAUCAUAUAUUUGGGUCAAAAUCAACUCUUUGACUACAUACCAAGAAGCAUUGGAAGCUUGAUUUCGCUUCAAGAAUUAGAUCUUGGUUCCAAUAAUUUACAAGGUGAUAUACCAGAAGAUAUGGGAAAAUUGGAUAUGCUUCAAGAGCUAUAUCUUGAUCAUAAUAAUUUACAAGGAAAUAUUCCUCAAACAAUUGGUUAUCUCACAAACCUAAAAAUUAUAUAUCUUGCUGCUAACAAGUUGUUUGGCCAAAUACCAAGAAAUAUUGGAAAUUUGACAAAACUUCAAGAGCUAGGUCUUGGUGAAAAUAACAUUGAAGGUACACUUUCAACUGAUCAUAAUAUGUAAUUUUUUAUUAUGUUCGUGUCAUUUUUGGGAAAGUUCAUUUCAGAGCUAUAUCAUAUAAAUAUGUCCCUGCUACUGGAACUAAGGGUUUGAUCUCCAACCUAUAGUUUAACAAGUUUAUAGAAAAAGGAUGAUCCUGAAACAUUUCUUCCAAAUUUUAAAAG